UGGCCAUCCUCUCGCCCUGGACCUGUGAUACCGCGUGUUCACUUCUAGUAUCUCUCCCUUAGUUAUUUAUUUAUUUGUUGAUUAUCAUUGCUGUCAUCGUAUUUUUUUUCCAACAGCAUCUUGAUUCUCUUCUCAUAGAAAUGACGGCUCAAGCACCAGAUCCCGGGCCUCGAGCCGCCAACGGGCCAGCGGGCAGCAACCACAAGAUGAUGCUUGCCCUCCUGCCCAGAGUCCCUCUCAUGAUGCGGGUGGCUCUCCUUCAUAUGUUACGCCUAACGCCACAGUCAAAAUACCUAGACCUGCGGACCGAGGUCGCGAUCGCCAUCUUGCGAUCGUUCACUAACCCGUCGUCGCCCCGGAGCAUCACGGCGACACAGCGAAUGGCUGCCCAGGCUCCGGAGCUGAAGGGCAGGAUCUGGGUUAGCACGUACGCCUGCCCGCCCCCGCCCGCCGAGGAGAGAGGGCUACAGGACGCCAUUGCAAAGGCUAUCGACGAACUGCGGGAUCCCAGGGUACCAACGCCAACAUAUGAAAUGCCCGAGCCCGCGCAUGUCGAGGCGGAGUGGACGGGGUAUCGCGCCGACGCGACGCCGAACUCGAGGUUGCCGGACCUGCCCGAGAGGGAUCUCUACGCCGAAAUGAUGAAGGAGGUCAAGAGCCCCGCGACGGUGCUCUACUUCCACGGCGGCGCCUACUACCUGCUAGACCCGGCAAACCACCGUCCGACCACCAAGAAGCUGGCCAAGCUGACCGGCGGACGCGUCUACUCAGUCCGGUACCGUCUCGCGCCUCAGAACCCGUUCCCCGCCGCACUGAUGGACGCCUUGAUGUCGUACCUUGCCCUCCUCUACCCUCCCGAGGGCGCCUUCCACGAGGCUGUCAAGCCGGAGCACAUUGUCUUUGCCGGCGACAGUGCGGGCGGCAACCUCUCUCUCGCCCUCCUCCAACUGAUCCUCCACCUCCACCGCAACUCCCACACCGUCCUCUGGCACGGCGCCGCUCGGGCCGUCCCGCUCCCCGGCGGCGUCGCCGUCAACUCCCCCUGGCUGGACAUCACGCACUCGUCGCCGUCGUGCACGGCCAACGCGGCGUUCGACUACCUGCCGACGCUGGACCAGCAGCUCGCGGCCGAGGCGAGGCGGCCGCCCUGCCCGGCGUGGCCGGCCUCGCCGCCGCGCAGGCACCUGUACGCGCCCGACUCGCUGCUCGGCCACCCGCUCGUGAGCCCGGUGACGGCCCGGUCGUGGGCCGGCGCGCCGCCCGUCUACGUCUGCGCCGGCUGGGAGCUGCUGGCGGACGAGGACAAGUUCGCCGCCCACAAGAUGUGGCGCGAGGGCGUCGCGGUCGUCUGGGAGGAGUACGAGGCCAUGCCGCACUGCUUCGCCAUCGUCUUCCCUUACCUGCGCGAGGCGAGGCGCUGUCUGGAAGGGUGGGCGGCCUUCAUCAAGGCCGUCGCCGAGGGCGGGCCAACGGCGGCGGCGGCGACGCCCGAGAGCCGGUUCCUGACGAUCCGGGCGAUGUCGCUCGAGGAGGUGGCCGUCGAGCCGGACAGUCUGUGGACGGACGGGGAGGAGGUGGUGGCUGAGAGGGUCUGGAGAAAGGUCAGGGAGAGGCUGGUGCCGGAGGAGAGCGUUGCCAAGUUGUGAGGCUGCCGCGGCUCUCAUGGGGUUCGGUUUAAUGUAUGUAUUGUGCAGAACAGAACAUGCUUACCGGUCCAGGGCAGGGGAGGGUUGCAGGUUAGAGCAGAGGAAGUGGUGUUUUGCGCCCGCUCGAUAGAGAACCUAGUCCCCCUAUCUAAUUAUACCCAAUGUUGGCA